UACGAUAAUUUUUAUCCAUGUACGAUAAUUUUUCGGCCCUGGUACGAUAAUUGCCUGGCUUCAGGUUGUGAACACUGGUAUCAAGUCAAGUCAACAUAAUUGUUUUGACUUUUGAUGUGGGCGGCGUUUAUAUUACUCUAUACUAUAAUUUACUGAUAAUAUAAACCAACUUCAUUAUAAUUUAUAAGUUUAAAUAGAAAGAACCAAAAAAGAAUCGGAAUUAUGUCGGCCCAAAAUGUCAAUGUGUGCGAUAUAGGCGAUGAUGUGAAAGAAAAGUUAAAAAAAUUUCGUUUUCAAAAGCACACGUCCAACAGUGCUUUGAUCUUAAAGGUAAAUCGUGAGAAGCAGGCUUUAGAAGUAGACGAGGAGCUAGACAGUAUUGAGUUAGAAGAACUGCAGGAUAUCCUACCUUCACAUCAGCCCCGGUUUAUUGUGUACAGUUAUAGAAUGGAGCACAGUGAUGGAAGAAUAUCAUUCCCUAUGUGUUUUAUAUUCUAUACCCCUCGUGAUGCGCAUAUGGAACUUCAGGUCAUGUACGCAGGUACUCAAAGGGCUCUGGCUGCGGCCGUGGGUGCCCCAAGGCUCCUGGAGGUGAGAGAGAUAGAUGAACUGACCAAUGAGUGGCUUCAUGAAAAGCUUCAACGGUAAUGUUAGAUAUGCAACAGUUUAUAUUUACAUUUGACUUUAAGGUGGCCAAUGUGUAUAAAAUGAAUACGUACAUUUUUUUUUAAUUUAUCAAAUUGUUUUUAGUGUAAACUGGCAACAAAAUUUUUUGUCUUAAAACUUUCAUCAAAUUUGAAUAUGUUUAGAGUGCACCUCCUCAUUCUUUUAGUUUUUUGUUAAUUAUGUAUUCAAGAUGGAAAUAAAAAAUAAAUGGGAAUUAUUCUAUAAGAACCAAAGCUGUAGCAGUUAUUGUCCUAUAACAAAAUAUAAAUUGUACUCAAAAUGUGUGUACCAUUGGGAUGCAAGAAAUACAACUAAUUGUCAAGUGAAUUGGUGUAGAAAUCUGUUAUUUAUGUUUUUUAUCAUAUCCUAUAAACUUGCCAGUUAAAAUUGUUUAUUUUUUAUAUGUAAUCUUUAAUAGAUGAAGACUAGAGGUUCCAACAACUUUUAGUUACAACAUAGACAUUCCAUAUAAAAUGUAAGGCUUACAUGUCUUUGCUAAAAUUAAAAGUAUAUUGUAAAGUUUGAUAUCAAAUAUAUUAUAUGAUGUGUGUCCUUUUGUGAUGUGAUGCAUUUUAUUAUAUAAAUGUAAGCAAUCAUGUGAUUUUACAAUAAAUG